AAGCCCCCCCCGUGUGCGCGGAGCGGAGGCUCAGAGCCGCUGCUGGCCGACACACAGCGCUGUUCUGCGCGGAGCGGAGGGCGGAGAGCCGGGCAAAGCCGAAGCAGCUGGAGCGUUAAACCCGGACUCGGAGCCGAGCGUGCGGGACUCAAGGCGCCUCCGUGUCUGGAGCGGGUCUGGAUUCAUGCUGAUGCCGUGCAGUCCGCUGCGGUCCGGAUCCGUGUAGUUCGGCGGGUCGUGGUGGGGAGGAUGGAGGGGAGGGAGAAGCCCAGACCCGGUCCGGAUUACCUGAUGCAACUCAUGAACGACAAGAAGCUGAUGAGCGGUCUGCCGAACUUCUGCGGAAUCUUCCAGCACCUGGAGAGGCUCCUGGACGAAGAGAUCAGCCGCGUGAGGAAGGACAUGUACACGGACACGCUGAACGGAUCGGAGAAGAGCAGCGAGCUGCCGGACGCUGUCGGCCCAACGGUGCAGCUGCAGGAGAAACUCUACGUCCCCGUGAAGGAGCAUCCCGACUUUAACUUUGUGGGGAGGAUUCUGGGCCCUCGCGGUCUGACAGCGAAGCAGCUGGAGGCUGAAACUGGAUGUAAGAUCAUGGUGAGAGGAAGAGGCUCUAUGAGAGACAAGAAGAAGGAAGACCAGAACAGAGGGAAGCCAAACUGGGAGCACCUGAACGAGGACCUUCAUGUCCUCAUCAUGGUGGAAGACGCCCAGAACCGAGCCGACAUCAAACUCAAACGAGCUGUAGAUGAAGUCACCAAGCUGCUCGUGCCUGCUGCAGAGGGCGAGGACAGUCUGAAGAAGAUGCAGCUGAUGGAGUUGGCCAUCCUGAACGGGACGUACAGAGACGCCAGCAUCAAAACCUCAUCCCUCGCCUUUUCUUUCGCAGCAUCUAGCGUCUCGCAACAGGCUUCUCGUGUCCUCUCAGGCCCCGCCCCCAUACUGGCACCGCCCACUGCCCUGCGUACACCCGCCCCCACAGGCCCCACUCUCAUGCCUCUGAUUCGGCAGAUCCAGACAGUGUUGCCCAAUGGAACACCGGCACUGAUGGCAGGGGUGGGGCCUGAGUCUGGCCUGAUCUACACGACGCCAUACGAUUACCCGUACACUCUGGCGGCACCAGCGUCCAUCUUGGAGUACCCGCUGGACUCUGGGGGGAUGUUGGGUAAGCCCGCCCCCCCCUGUUCCUGUGAAUGCUCUCCCACCCCUCACCACCACACUCAUGGCCAGUGGAGCCCUGCCCCUACACUGGUCCUCCGACAUGCUUCCUGAGAGACAAAACAAACAAACGAUCAAACAAACACACACACGGCCUUGUGCCUCCUGCUGGACGGAUGAGGUCGUCAUUGCUCCAUCAUUAUCUGCCGUUUGAUUGGCUGAAAAUGUUUGAACUGACUUCUAGCACUGAUGUCAUGUGACCACAGCUUCCUGCAUUGAAAACACCCUGUGAACUGAAAACACGCCUCCACUUGCAGACGCUUUCAGGUCGAUGCAAACACGCCGAUUUUUGGAGAGGAAGUAAAAGUUGAUUCAAGUGAUUUGAAAAUUUGUAAUCUUCAGGAAAUAAAAUUUCAGAGAAAAGUAUUAGAAAGGUUUAAAUAUCAGAAUAAUGAGGACUUUGGUAUUGUGAGAGGAAGAGCUAAAUUUACACAUCCAAGCAUGAAAUAUUACUUUGGCCUUUAUGAGCCACAGUGACCAAUCAAAGUGAGGCACUCAAAGGGGUGUCACCUUUGUGAUGAUGUCUCAGUUCAGUCUCGUCCUGAAAGCCUCUCAGAUCUCAUCUGGAGUGAAAUUGUCUCCCAGUGUGUGCCUUAAUGCAAGUUUCUUAUUGUUUUCAUCACUGACCAACGAUGAUGUCAUGACGUACCUGUUCUGUCACGAUGGACAGGUCUGUCCCUGUCCUCCAAGGGCUGAUGGGGCUAAACUUCUGCCUAGCCCCGCCCUUCUGGCUGCACGCCUACCUUUCCCACGCCACAGAUUCACUUUGAUCUGAAGCUAUGUUUGUUACAGCCAUAAUGCAAACACACCUGAAAGGAAGGGUCAGAGCUUUAAAAAUGAAAUGAUUGAUAAAACCGUGCUUUAACCAAACACAGACACAGCUGUGGCCGAUCAAAGUUUAGAUUUUUUAAAUUAAAAUUUCAGGAAUAACUCAUCACACAGCCAGAACAAGCGUGGAGUCGUGUUUUAUUUGGACUCAGUCUAUAAUUAAACAAAACUGCUUACAGCGCCCCCUGCUUCAGGCUGUGGACGCUUUAUGUCAAUGAACACAGAGUUAAACGUGAUCCGAGAAAACCAGCCCAGCAAGAAACCAGUAAGAAAACAGGUGGCUUCUGGGAAACGCAGUCCUGAUGUGUGACAGUGGCACAGCUGUUCACCUUUAGGCAGAACAGACAGCUCCGUGCUUUUGAAGACUUUACGGAUCCUCUGAGGUUAAUGAAAAAUAAUGGACUGUCUUUGAGUGAAUUUUUUAACAAACCAACUUUGAUCUGGGUUUCAGUUCAGGUCAGACUUUAAGUUAAGCUAGGGUAAGGCCUGUAAAGCUACAGAUGUCUGUGGGUUUAUUUUACGUUUUCUUCCAUUUCAUAUGUUACUUUAAACAUGUUACAGCGUGGAUAGAUGACAGAGCUAACAGUCCUAUAGCUAAGUUAGGUGUGACUCUAGAGGAGACAGUAAACAGGAAGCUUUCAAUUAAAGUUCUUGCUAUGACGUUUGCUAACAAAACUUACGUCUGUGCAGAUCUACGUCUGAAACAUCAAUGACUUUGCUCAUGACGGAUUUAAUGCUGAACUUUGACCUCAGAGAUGAUUGGUGAUGUGACCAAAGCCCUGGUGGUUACUGACAGGUUUAUCAAGUAUUCUGGGAUCACUAUGUGAUUAAAACACGCCAACCAGGUGUUUUUGCUGACGGUCAGUGUAGAGCUAAAGUCUACGCUGUUGUUUCUCAAGACAUAAAUGUGAACAUUUCUGAUUUUCUCUCUCCAAAAAAGGGCAAAAGAUCAAAAAUAAAUAAUGAUUUUUUUAAGUUGUAUUAUAUUUCUUGAAAUAACAAAAGUCUACAUGGUAAAACAUUGCUAAAAUAUUAGCAGCUGUUGACCAAUCAGGCCACUAAAUUAAAUCAGCUAAUCAGAGUCCCAGCUUCACUGUGAGGUCACUUCCUGUCAGAAAUCAGAAACAUGAUUUUACUCUGUGAACUUGUAAAGAUCAGAAACCUGUUGUCUGCCGGGGGUUUGGUACUAAAACAAUCAAACUGUAAUCUGUAGUUGGAAAGUAAUCAAUAGGUAACACUGACACAACUAAUGAAACAAAUCCGAUGAAAUUGCACAGAAACCUGGCGUAAACCCGACCGCCACAUUAACCGAGUUCAUGGUCCGAACACUCAGAUGUGAACUUUUAUUCACACUCGAGGAUCUCUCACAGGAUGUCACGUUUUCCUUUAAAACUCGGACUUUGGUUAAAGAGAUGAUCUGCAGGGUGAAAGGAGACGUACAGAAAGACUUUUACCUGAAAGAACCGAACUUAAAGGAUCGUCCACAUGCAGUACCACGAGGUGAUCACGAGACCUUUCUCAUCAUGGUGUCUCCCUGGUGAAAACGGUUCGCUGUAAAACUCAACGCCGAGAGAUGUUGUAGACUUCACACAUCAGGCUGUGAUGGCCUCUCGCCUUGCUUCUCUUCAUCGCAAACACCGACAGGAACAGCUCGGCAAGCGUCUUCAGAGUGAGGGACGGGAGUCCACCCUUCUCUGGAUCAAGAAAAUGUGGUUUCAUUUUGUUCUCAUUUAUACAAAGAUCAGAUCAGAACACAAACUUCCUCUUCCUAGAAGAUUUAACAAGGAGGACUGUGGAGGUCCAGGAGACCUUCAGGAAGUGCUUGAGCCGACAGUGAUUUUACACCUCUGACAUUAAUGCGUGUUUCAUGUCGGAAUUAUUUUUCAGACUGGAUGUAAACGCGGUCGGUUCAGGUAUUCGCCAGCUCCAGCUGGCCAACACCAGCUCAUCUAAAGAGUCCUUUAUUGCUCAACCACUCAGUCUUGGUUGUUCGUUGAGAUGUUGAAGGAGGAAAUUGGCCCUAAAGUGGUUCAGGUAGUAUGUACAGGUUGCAGCGUGGUGUUAAAUGAACAUAUACCUUUCCUUUCAUUCAGAAAAAAUUGACCUUUCUGAUCUGUUUAAGUUAAACAUGAGGACGUUUGUGAGCGAUUCCAAACUUUGAGAGUUAGCAUUGGUCUGCAGCGGGUUGCAUUCAGGUGUAACCAGUAAACCAGAGUGUUUGCUGGUGUCUGGCAGUGAUGGUGGUGGUCAGGUGAGGGACAGAUGUUCCUAAUGAGAUUUUAAUCUGUAUCUGUCUGAUCUCUGGAACAGACCUCCUCCUCCUCCUCCUGUGUCAGUACAGCAGAUGUUCAAACCUCAGAGAAGAUUUGAAGAGAAAAAUGUUCGACUUGAUGAAUGCAUCUGACCAUUUCAGACACUUUCGUGUCUUACUGUCUUUUUAUUUCUAUUAUUUUAGUUUUAUCGCAAAGAGAGAGUAGCUUUUAUGUGUAAAAGUAUACAAAUAUAUAUGUGAGAUGUAAAGAGCAGAAGUGUUUAUGAAAUGUGAAACUUUGCAAAGAGAUGCAAUAGAAGUAAAAAUCUGUAGCAGCUUUUUGAAUUUAUGAUGAAGACAGGGCCUCCUGUUUAGGUGCAUGUUUCUAUGGAUGCUCACGUGUUUCAGCACCACUAGCAAACCUGCUGUUAGGAAAAUGUAGCAUUGCUUCAUGACUUUCAUGUUUGUUCUAAACAGAAAUGAUUCAUUUUAAAAAAGAAAUAAAAGUUUUACAGAGUAAAAAA